AUGGUCCGACGGAUGCGCUUCGUGGUCUCCGUGAAGGACGCCAAACCGGGCGACAAAGUCUUCGUGGUGGGGAGUCUUCCUCAGCUUGGACAGUGGAAGCCAGAUUGCGCCAUUGAAUUGAAGACGGAAGAUGGCUUGUUCCCCAAGUGGCAGGUUGAGGUGGAGCUGGAACAAACAAGUUUCCAAUACAAGUACCUAUGGAAGCAUUUCAGUGGUGGACAUCUGGAAUGGGAGAGCAGCGCGGAUCGGAGCUGUCUUGAGGGUAUCUUGCCAGAAGAUGGCGAGUUCAACCACAACGACUCCGCCGUGGAGUGCCCUGUGAAAGCUGGCUCUUAUGUGUACUUUCACGGUUACUACGCUCAUGCAGAUUGGGUCCAGCAGGAGUUUGCCAUGCUGAAAAGUGAACUACGGAGCCAAGCAAAGGACUUGGAGAAUCAAGGUGCGCUUCUGGAACAGCAAGCCAUGUCUUCAGGGAGGCAGCGAGCACUCAUCGACGAGCAGAAGAACCUCUUGACUGCGCUUCAGGCGGAGUUGGAGACGCAGAAGCUCCAAACCCAGCAGCUGCGAGGGCAGCUGAGUGAUUUCGCCGGGAUGACAGAGGAGCUUCGUCAGGAGAUCAGAGUGGCGGUGACGAAGGCAGAGCAGCGGAAUGCCGAUCGGCUGCUCCGGCGGCUCGAGGAGCUCAAGGCAGACAUCGACAAGGAUGUGGCGAAGGCAGAGCAGCGGAAUGCCGAUCGGCUGCUCCGGCGGCUCGAGGAGCUCAAGGCAGACAUCGAAAAGGAUGUGGCGAAGGCCGAGCAGCGGAAUGGUGAUCGGCUGCUGCGGGAGCUGAGUGACUUCCGGGCCAUGGCGCCCGUGGCCGAGGAACUCACCGUGGAGAUCCGGGAGGCUUUGAUGAAGGACAUACCCAGCAUCGUGACUUCCAUCCUGGAGGAUUUCAGAGGCCACGAUCAGCCUGGCGCUGCAUUCUUUGAGGAAGAACACCAGCAUGCGGAUGGGUGCCACGAAUGCCUUGAUGCCGCAAUGCCUUCAUGUCAAUCUCAUCAAGCAGAUCCUGCGUACCAUGCUUCAAGCACCAAAGCUGAUUCAGACUCGCAGCUCUUCCCGCUGUGGACAGGUGUGGACAAAUCUAUGAAGAUCAUUCCAGCAGUUGCGCCAGUGAGCUCCGAAGAUUCCUCCAGCUACUAUCCGAGCCUCAAGGCAAAGCCGCAGCACGACCUUCCAGUGCUUGGCGAGACAUCGAUGGUCUGUUGGGAGACACCUCCGCAACCGCUCGAAGAGGAAGCCAAGAAAUUAACCCAAGAGGUUGUGAACGAGCUGAUGAGCCUUUGGAAGGGCACCAAGGAGGAGAAGACAAAGCUUCUGAAGACUGUACAGAGGAGGCUGCAUCCAGACAAGGGUGGGCAUGACGAAGCCAUGACGUGGUUCCGGGACUGGAAAGAUUGCCACGAAGUAUGGUACUUGCGAGGCUCUCAGUUGGAUCUGCCUAGCUCCACCUCUACGCAGCCAGCAGGUUGA